AUGGUGGAUUCAAAGCGGGAUCCAAGCGUAGGCUGGUCUACUUGUCUACGACGAUUAGACACAGUUAUGGACGAAGCGCUUCUCGCGAUUAUAAAUGCAGGCCAAGCACAGGAAAAGCCGCUAAGUCGCCGGACCAGCGAAUCUCAGCGGAGGAGUCGGCGGGGCGGCCGGAGGGAUAGCGAUAGCGAAGAGGGCCAGUCCGGCUCUGAAGACGAUGAUCUGUUGUCGGAGGAUGAAGAGUGGGCAGAAGUGAAGACUUGGGACCCCGAGACGUUGAUGGGGGACGAUGCGGACAGACAAAGACUCACGCAAAUGUCUGAGCUCGACCGUGAGGCGAUUCUGGCUGAACGAAAGAGCAAAUUCGAAAGAAUGAGGGAGCGGUUAGAAGUCAAACGAAUGUUGAAGCGGCGAAUGAGUGGGCAAACGAAAAGUAAGCGACAACAAGAUGAUGAUGGGCCCCGCCCGUCUAAAAGACAAACAACAGAGAAGGCCAAAUGGGGCGAUUCCAUGGCAAGUUUGCGAAGAGAACGGGAAAAAAAGAGAGCUGGCGUGAAGGACGAAGGGGAGGGGCGCAAGGAGCGGAGACGGGAACGUUCUCUAAGCUUUAGUGGAAGCGACGCAGAAGAGGGUGAAGUGAAGGGUUCACUUGACGAGGACGAGCGAGCGACACAGGAGGUGGACAAGCGAGUCCGCACUCUUCCCACCUUUAAUGAGGUCGUCUCAAUACAAGUGACGCGGUCGGAAUUGGUGGACUGGGCAUUUGCGCCUUUUUUUGAGAAAACUGUUCAAGGUUGCUUCGUUCGGUAUGGAUUGGGCCAAGACCCGAAAGAUUCUACUCGAAAUGUCUAUCGAGUCUGUCUGAUUGAUGAAAUCCGUCAAGCAUCUAAGACAUAUCCUGUUGAUGGAAAGCCAGUACAGAAAGUUGCGCUCAUGAGCCAUGCCAAGGCGCGCAGAGAGAACUCAUUUCAUAAAGUCUCAAACGGUCGGAUUACAGAGGCUGAGUAUCAACGUUGGGCGGACACAAUGAAAUACGAGAACGCCGCAGACAUUCCUAUUGGACACAUCCAACGCAAACGAGACGAUUUACAACGUGCCCGGGAAUAUGUUUUGAGCAGUGAGGAAGUGGCCCGAAUAGUGGAGCAAAAGAAGGCUCUUAACAAGAUGCCGGUUAAUAUUGCUUCUGAGAUCACGGAAUUGAGGAGGCGGGUAGAGUAUGCAAAGUCGACUGCGAAUUCGGAUGAGGAAGCAAAGCUGCAAAAGCGUCUUGAACAUUUGCUGUCAAUGCUGACAUCGAAAGCAAAUAAGCCGGAAACGCCCAGUCGCGUCCGAAACGGCGUGGAUGAAAAGCCUUCCAGGUCAACACCGGAAGUUAAGAUUCCUUUGGUUCGCGUUAACAGUUCGGCUCGCUUGAAAGAAUGUAGCGUAUCGAUGAUCACAAAUGAGUGGGAUGCACAGUUUGCGUUCGAUCCAAUUUUGGAUGAAAUAGAUAUUGAUGAAUUUUGACCGACGUGGUUUAUGAUCUGGAGCAGGCUAAUUGCCAGUGCAUAGAUAAAUCAAAAACUGAGCUAUUACAGAUUCAGAUAUUCAAAAUAAACAUGAUGUACACAAAAAUGGAUUAAACUUGGUAAGUUCCGUGCACCGACAAUCUUAGGGUCCGCUCCCACUUCUCAAAUUACAAUAUCCUAUCGAUCUCAUCAUCGUGAGGGGCGGUGCCAGUUUCUAGCAUGGGCUC